AGUUGCAAUUUGGUUCUAGUGGCCAGGAUGGCCCAAAGGAUAGAAACAUGAUCCGCUAUUGUUUUCGGGCCUGCACCGGGCGCCUGCAUGGAAACAAAGGCCGUGCAGAUUUUGCAAGCAAGGCUUGAGGAAGAAGGGGGCUCGGCACCGGUCACUUCGUUGUCAGUGAAAGUGAAGUGGGGGCAGCAUGAUCUACAGGGCUUUGGCCAUAUCAGAAAAUUCUUGUCAAAGCAUCAUGAAGUCUUCAGUCUAGAAGGAUCGUCGGUUACGCUUGUCAAGCUUCCGGAGCAUGCCCAGAAGACAACCAGUAAAUCAGCACCAACAGCCCCGCCAGCGCCUUUGUCUCCAGAUGCCCAGAAAAGAAGAUUGGUCGCGGAUGUGGGGCCCAACAAAGCAACAAGGAUCAAUCACGAGACCGAGCUCUCAAAUGGAGAAUCGAGAGAAGUUGUAAGUAAAGGUGCUUUGGGAAAGCCAGCGAAGCCCAAGGCCGCAAUGGCUCCAACGCCAAAGACUUCGAUAGCACCGACACCAAAAGGACCGCCGAAGACCAAAGAUGGCAGUGAUGGUUUUGCCGAAGCAGCUGUCGCGCAAAGCCUGGAAAGUGGGAAGGAAGCAGCUCCGCUGGCACCAUGGCAUGCCCAACGUGCUUUGUCUCGGGCUGCUAUGGUCCAAUCACUCCAGGCUAUUCCACGCCAGGAUGCAGCAAAGCCGAGCUGGGACGAGGACACACUGAGUGAUGAUGAGCUGAGGAAGUCGAUCACAAGCAGCAAAGCCCGUGGAAUGGAAUUAGAGUUGGAAGAGCUGGCAAAACAACUUGUGCCUACCACGGAGUAUAGGUUUGCCUGCCAGCGAGCCGUGCACUUCCUCAAGUCAGCCUUCUCCCAAGAAUUCCUGCAAACAGGCACUCUGUCAGCCCUGUCUGGGCAAGGAACCGCACGGAUGGAAAUGGCAGGCUCUGCUGUGCAGCACACAGAGUUGGAUGGCUCCGACUUGGAUGUGGUGUGCUUCUCGAUUCCGGGUUCGCCUGACGAGCGUGAAGUGAAGAUGGCGCGUUUGUGGGACAAACUCCACAGCCCCCCUCACUCCAACAAUCUGGAGGCCACUGAUGCAACGCGGCUUUAUCCCCACGCGACCUGUCAGUUUUCUGUGAGGCUCCGCGGUUCGCCCCAGCUUGUUGCUCAUGUGAUUGUGGAUGAGAGCGCCAGCCAAGAAUCUCUAGAUACACUGAUUCGGCGGUUGUGUGACUGCUGUGAAGUGUCACGAGAUGUAGUGCGUUUGGUGAAGUUUUGGGCCACCAACCAUGGGCUUUCGGGACAUGAAGGCUACAUGAAUGGCGUCGCAUGGACAGCUUUUGUGCUAUGCUUUCUUCAGCGGCAGGAGUAUGUACCCCCUGUGGCCAAGCUUGGAGACGGCAGAGCAAGUUGGACAAAGCGCAAAGACGGAGAGAUGCCGUCGGAGCGAAAUCUGACGGAGCUUUUGCGAGGAUUUUUCAGCUUUGUUUGCACGCCACAGCCCACUACACCACGAGGCAUGUCGCUGGAAGGCAUUGAUUGCACUGCAGCUCCCCCUCCCUCAUCUCAUGUUGGACCACCGCCACCCUUGUACAUCGAAGACCCGAUUUCUGCCAAAGAAGGUGUCCGCAGGAAUCUUGCAUCAACGCUGGGGGAAUCUCAAUGGGCUCGAAUUUUGGAAGAGUCUCGAAGGAUCGCCGACCGUUUGGACCCAGCAAAGCCGCAGCGUUGGUUCUAUUGGGCCGAAGUUUUUGAUCCUCAAGGCCUCGCUGGAAGUGGCAAGCGCCUCCCGAAACUCUCAGAAAUGUCAAGCUCAGCUACAGGUGAUGCAGGCACGCAGGCACAGGCUUCAGCAUCAGGCAAGAUAGAGCCUCCCAUACAUCAAUCUUCAGUCACUGGAAAAUCCAAAGGGUUUCCAGGACCUGGGCUUGAAGCUGCUAAGGGCUCUCAAAAAGGUCCUGUGAAAGGAUGGCCAAGCAGCUCUUGAAGAGAUUGCUGUAGAAUUAGGCGGA